AUGAUCAAAGAACAGGAAGGUCUUGGAGAUGAAAGAAUCACAGGAAGUGAAGACAUUGUCUUCCUCAAAGACGCCUACAAUGGGUGGAGAUGGCAAGAUCAGCACCAUGGACAGAGACUUCUCCGUGGACUCUACCGUGUUGGCGACGAUCGGUUCAAGGAAGAGUUCACCGCCAUCCUGAAAAAGUAUGGGCUGGACAGGAACCUGAAAUCAACAUCGGUAGUUCAUGUGCUGCAAGAGAUGAGUGAAACCCGGGAAGACUUGUGCGACGUGGUGUUACGAGUACGGGACGAGUACGGGAGGGUGAGAGAGGCCGCGCUGUGCCACAGGGCCGUUCUCGGCGCCUGUAGUACGUACUUCAACGCGAUGCUGUUCGGGGGGUUCCGCGAGGGACAAGCCGGGGAAGUCACUUUCGAAGACAUCUCUUGCGAAACACUUCGCCAGCUUGUGAACUACGUCUACACCGGUGUCGUCACCUUCACUGCGAGGAACGUGGAACUGUUUUUCCACGCGAGUUCGGUUUUUAACCUGCCUUUCCUUGCAAACGCGUGCUGCCAAUACAUGCUGCAGAACAUAAGCAAGAGCCAUUGCCUCGGGCUUUUCCACUUCGCCAAGACCCACUUUUGCGAGGAGCUGGCCAGAGAGGCUAGGAUGUUCGCUUUAGAACAUUUGCAGGAUGUGGUUUCGUAUGGCGACAUUGAAGAGUUGACGGCUGAUGAACUGGAAGAAUUGCUAAACGACAACAGUGCUCACAUGUGGGGCGAGGAAUCGUUGCUGGAAGGCGCUAUACGGUGGCUGUUUUCCGGCACAACCAACCGAGAAACCGACCUACAUUCUUUACUACAAAAGCUUAACAUUGACCUUACGUUGGUAAACAAAGGCUAUCCCAAGUUCAUCAUGGCAACAGAGUUUGACAUAAAGAAUUCUGGAAGAUGCAAGGACGUCCUGGAAGAUGCCGUGGAGAAGAUAGAGGCGUUGGAGUCAGCGGUAACUGGACAUAAACUCGUGCUACAGUUUGGAGGGAUCAGCGGGAGCGAGCUUGCAGACCAUAGUGGCAAAAGGAUAACUACGGUCGACUGCUUCAACUGUGAAACCAACGCCUGGGCAACCGUCACAGAGCUACCACAGCGACUGCUUCAUGCGCACCUCAACACAACCGUCUUAGAGAACGACGUGUACAUCGUGGCAACGUUUCCCGGGGGUGGAAGAAAGGAGAGCGAAGUGUGGAAGUACUCGUGCAUGCACGACAUCUGGCGGCGUUUGCCCGAUCUGCAGGAGCCGCACGGUUGGGAUUUUGUCGUCCAGGCCACUGACAAGAGGGUGUAUGCCCUUGGAAACGGACGGACCCUAAAGUCAUCGGGAAAAUGUUACGAAGCCUUCGACCCUACUGCUAACAAGUGGGGGCGAAUCGAACCUGUUCCGCAGACUACCGAGAAAGCCUGCUCCGCCGCCUGUAUGGGGAAACUCUACGUUAUGGGACACUGGGGAAACGGACAAGCCAAAUUCCUCGUGCACAUUUACGGCCAAGAGGGUCAAAGUUGGCGAACGCAAGUGUACCCUGCGUUCCACGGAUGCAAGAUACAGUAUCACACAGCAACGCUAGGGGGCAUGAUCUACAUGAUGCCGCUAUUGGCCACACGACAGGACUUCAUGUGCGCGUUCAACACUGAAAAGAAUCUGUUCCAAAAAGUGGUCCUGCCCACGAACAAGCGGUUGCAGUGCGGUAUGGCUGCCACAGACGAUAGCAUCGUCGUAACAGGCGGGAGAGACCUACUGUCUAACGCGUACGCUACUGGGAACGUGGAGUUGUUUCGCCCAGCGGAGGGAUGUUGGAAGGUUGUAGGGAGAAAGCCGGGUCUGAUACGAAGAGGUCACACGUGCGUGACGGUCAAUAGCCCUGGCUGGAUGCUUGACAAGUUGGACAAGGCAAACGGCAAGGGAAACAUGAACGCUAACGAGGAUAGCGGUCAUGAUCAUGACUGCGAGAUAAGAGAACAGUCAGCCUGA